UCUGCUUCAAGCCUCUUCACAGAUUUUUAAUUUCACCUUUUUUUCAUAUUAAUCUAUACUAUCUCAUCUUUCUCCAUACCCAUAAUCGAUCCUGCCCCUUGCUCUCACCUUGGGUCUAAAGCUUCCCUCCCUUGCUUACUGGUGAGAAUGUACAAUAAUAUUGGAUCCCAACCUGGGGUACCUCAGCCUCAAGCGAGCUUGCCACCAAAUCCUUUCGGAAGUGCGUUUAAUGUUGCUGGUUCAGGGCUCAUUCGAGGCGGAUUGGGUGCUUAUGGAGGGAAGAUAUUAGGAUCAAGCUCAGAGUAUGUCCAAAGCAAUAUAAGUCGGUAUUUCUCUGACCCCCAAUACUACUUCCAAGUGAAUGACCAUUACGUUAAGAACAAAUUGAAGGUGGUUUUGUUACCAUUCCUGCACAGGGGUCAUUGGACUAGAAUAACGGAGCCAGUCGGGGGUAGGCUCUCUUAUAAGCCCCCAAUUUAUGAUAUAAAUGCACCAGACCUAUACAUUCCAUUAAUGGCAUUUGGUACUUAUGUAAUUCUAGCUGGCCUCUCGUUGGGUCUUCAUGGAAAGUUUAGUCCAGAAGCUUUGAACUUGUUAUUUAUCAAGGGAUUGCUUGGUUGGUUUAUGCAAACUGCACUCCUUAAGGUGACACUACUUUCAUUGGGCAGUGGAGAAGCUCCCCUUCUGGACAUUAUAGCAUAUGCUGGGUAUACUUUCACUGGCAUAUGUUUAGCUGUUCUUGGAAGAAUAAUAUUGGGCUACUCCUACUACUUUCUGAUGCCAUGGACCUGUUUAUGCAUGGGAGUCUUCUUGGUGAAAACAAUGAAGAGAGUUCUUUUUGCUGAGGUCAGGAGUUAUGACUCAAGCAGACACCACUAUCUCUUGCUCUUUAUUGCCUUGGUUCAGUUCCCAUUGUUCACAUGGCUUGGCAAUAUUACUGUCAAUUGGCUUUUAUAGGGUGAUAGUUUUUACACUGUACUAGAAGCAAUUCUUAGUAAAAGUUUUUGGUUGUUGAAGUUGGAGCAUUGUAAUAUAUGAACGUUUUAUUUUUCCAUUGUUUCUACCUGUUGGUAAGUUUUCAGAAAUGCAUAAUUACAGGCCUUACUCACAUGUUCUUAUUUUUCUCGAUUCAUGGGAAUGGAGACUAUUCUUUUAUAAAAUUAUGUAUACCACUGAAAACAAUGUGAAACUGGAAUUUUGUA